CUCAAUUGCCAGAUCUGGACAUUAGCGCCCAGCCUUGGCCCAGCGUUUACUGGGCUAACACCUCCAGCGGUUUAGCCCAAAGAAGAUUACAGGUAGAUUGAUGAUCAGCAUUCAGCAAGCAGAUCAGAGCUUUAUGAAAGACAAUAGCCCCCAUCUCACACUGAGCUCCACCAUUUCAACAUAAAUCACUGAGCUCCAGAACCACACCCAAAAUUUAUCGAAGAAACCAUUCCAAUCACUAUCAGCAAUACAAAGUGAGCUGUUUCAUUCAGCUCUUGGUUUCAGAUGGAGCCAUAUAGAUUGAACUCUCCUCACACAUCUGUAAUCAUGUUUGAGACGCUUGGAUACCAACUUCAGUUUUCUCAGGAUCCUAAUUCGAAGCACUUGGGGACAACAAUUUGGGAUGCAUCAAUGGUGUUGGUCAAAUUUCUGGAAAAGAAUAGUCGAAAGGGAAGGUUUUGCCCAUCCAAAUUGAAGGGAAAGCGGGUGAUUGAGCUUGGAGCGGGCUGUGGAGUUGCUGGAUUUGGCAUGGCAUUACUUGGAUGUGAUGUUCUUUCGACAGACCAAUCUGAGGUUUUGCCAUUGUUGAUGAGAAAUGCUGAGCGUAAUACUUCCAGGGUAAUGCAAUCGAUACUUGAUUCAGAUUCGUUUGGUUCGAUAACGGUUGCGGAGCUAAAUUGGGGCAAUGAAAAUCAAAUAAAAGCUGUGGAGCCACCAUUUGACUUCAUCAUUGGCACUGAUGUUGUUUACACCGAACAUCUUUUGGAACCACUUCUGCAGACAAUUCUUGCACUCUCUGGACCCAAAACCACAAUUUUGUUGGGAUAUGAAAUCCGCUCAACGAAUGUCCAUGAAAAGAUGCUUGAAAUGUGGAAGAGAAACUUUGAGGUCAAGACAGUUCCAAAAUCAAAGAUGGAUAGUAACUAUCAGCAUCCAAGUAUCCAAUUGUUCAUAAUGAGGUUAAAGCCAACCGGGGGGAGCUCACAAUGCUCCGCAGAAGAUGUGUCUGCUCAUAAGAUGGAAACGGGUGGAUUCAGAGAACACGAACAUGAUGAAUCAGGCGAAGAAGAAGAAGAAGAAGAUUACAACAGUAUCAAUGUCAGGGAGGUGGAUGAUUUGAGUGGCAAUGAAGUGGCUGUGGGUGAAAAGCUACUUGUUGAUCUGGAAAAUAGAAAGCUUAGUGAAUGGGAAACCAGGAGAUAUGGUUCUGUAGCUGCCCGGCUUCUUCGCGAUAUCAAGAUUACAUAAUCCUAACUCUGGAAUAAAUAAGUGAUCAAUGAGGGUUUGUAUACUGAAGCAAUGAACAUUUUAUGGGAAAUUGUAUUUUAUGAACUAACAAUAGGAUGUAAAAGUUUGUAAUUGCAUUGUGACUAUAAGUUUGAAGAAUAGGAGUGGAGAGAUCAAAGAACCAUCUUCUGCAAUACUUUGGCUGAUUCUGAGCACAGAGCACUUGAUUUGUUUUAGAAUUCAAUUUGACUUGGGACUUGCUAUGACUCUCUAUGAGGCUAUGGAUUCUUGAAUAAACUUAUGGAGAUUCGAGUGCUGAGGGACCCAAAU